AUGCCGGGAGGUUCCUUGGACGCUGGGGUCCCUUUAUACUACGAGACCGCCAUGGACGGUGAGGAAGACGGUACCCCCGCACCACCUGGAUCAGGCCCCUUGGUACCUCUCCCUAGCGGUAUCGACACAUGUGAGACCGGAGAAGUCAACGACGAAGUCCCCGAGCUGGGUUUACCCAUCGCCGCCUCUCCGACAGCAGGGUCGGCGGAGAAAUCUGAGUCAGACGGGGAAAUGGGCCCAACCGCUGGUCGCUCUGAGCAGGAAAACUACUUCUCGGCUGCAGCCAGAUGUGUUCCUGAGUAA